GCUCCACGCGCACACGCGCUGCAUGAAGAGGCGGGAGCGAGUGCGGAGGUUCACUCGCUUGCGGACUCGCCUCGCAGGAGCCGCUGGAUGCUGCUCACACGCGCGGGACGCGCACGCGCACGCAGGGAGUGAGCAAUCACCUGCCAGCAUAAUGAUGAUGCCAAAGAGGCCUCAGACAUCCCCUGGCAGCGUUCUAUCCCUGCGAGGCGGCGCUAGCGUGCCAGGAUCCCCCGCCGCCGCCAUCGUGGCCCGUGUGGACGAUGGUGUGAUGGUAUAUAAGGACUUGGCGGCGCUUCCUCGGGACAAAGCCAUACUGGACAUCGAGAGGCCAGACUUGAUGACGUACGAGCCUCACUACAACUACAGCCCUCUGGAGGCAUCGAGGUCGCUGUCUCCUGGUUCGUUCUCCCCUCUGCCUUCUCCUGAGGAGUCAAGGCUUUGGCUGGAGAAAGAUUCUAUUGCAUGCUCCUCACCAGCUUCCAGCGGCAAGAAACUCAACAGCGGCCACACAACGCCAUCUCCGCACGCACAACAUACAGUACACACGCCGCACACACUAUCUGCACAAAACACACAACCCCCAAAGAUUCUGCAACACUUCCACAGGCCUGACAAUGGAAGCAACAUCUACAAGAAGCCACCAAUUUACAGAAGAGGUGCGUCGGCGCUCCCUGUGGGAAAGCACUUGGAGGAUCUCAUCAUUGAGUCGUCUAAGUUUCCCGCCGCCGAGCCUCCGGAUCCAAACGCCCCUUCCAAGAUCGAGACGGAACACUGGCCCUGCCCUCCGUCCUCCGCCGUCUUUGAGAAGGAGAAGGCCAGUCGUAAAAAUGCGGGGAAGCAAGAAGAAAAAGAAGAGGACGAAGCAGAUGAUCAAGUUUGGGGUUUGCGAGCGCUUCACAGGCAGGAACUCACCAAGAUUCAGUCCAAUUUGGGAAAGAUCAUCCUGAAGGAAGAGACGGACAAGUCGGCUGCUCGUCUGAGGAGGAAAACUCGCUCGCUACCGGACAGCAGCCAGCAAGCGGGCGCCGCCGCUUCCCACUCUGUUUGUUUCCCAACAUCUUCUGGGGCAGGCCUGGCCAGGUUGAGAUCGACAGAAUUCAACUCGUCGGAGAAGCCUGCAGCAGGUGUUCAGAACGGCGACGCGGCAAUGGACCGAGGCCACUCGCUGCCCAACGUCCUGGAGCUGAAGAUUUACCCGUACGAGACGCUAGUGGUCAACCACAGAGGACGGAGUAAACACCCUCCCGACGUGGACAGAACACAACUGGAGAGACAUCUCUCACCAGAGGAGUUCGCCAGCGUGUUCCAGAUGACGCCGGACGAGUUUGAGCGUCUUUCUCUCUGGAGACGGAACAGCCUCAAGAAGAGGGCGCGUCUCUUCUGACCGACUGACUCUGAAGCGACUCGACCGACCGGGACAAAAAAUGGACAGGCGUAGACUGAUGACAUCGCAUCAGCAUUUUUUACGAUGGAUUUUAGAGAUGACUUCACACAAAAGACAAGAUUAGCGCUUCGUUUUUGAUAAGAGUCACUAACACCCGUUUGUUGUUUUUUUCCCCCCUCAUUUUUGAAUGUUUUUGAAAAUGAAUUUUGUGUUCCACGCCUGCUGCAUGCGUGAUCUUAACACGUGACAGGGUCAAUAACUAAUCAGCAUCGAAUGAAACAUCACUGUGUGCUCUCAGCUCAUUUACAUAUAUUAUUAAUCAUUUAAUGUACGGCAAUUUCAGAGAAGUAGUGCUGUUGUUUCUUACGUGGAUGAUGAAUGUGAUGUGAACAAUGAACACAAUAAACACAAUCAACUUUC